CUGCGAUAAAUUCCGAGUGUAGUUUAAGUGAAGUGAAUUUUAAUGUGUCUCAAAAAUGGUAAUGGAGUCGGUUCAGCAGAACGGGCGGUUUUGGCCGUUAUCGCCACGCCUUUGGCGGAGAAGCAACGAAUAUUCCAAAGUGGUUUUCGAACCUAGGAGACCACCGACGUCACCAAUCGAAAUACGAAAACACGACAGAUUCGAUACCCCAGAUUUGCUGAGAAGAAAUUUCGUGAAAGAAAGACUAGACCAUUUAAACCUCGAAGAUAGAUAUUACAAGGAGGAUCAUAAGAAUAGAUGGAGUGUGGACUCUAAGAAGCCACCGUUGAAAGACGAAGGUAGGAAAAAGACAGAAGAUCUGGUCAAGUUAAGAGUGAAAAAACAUAGACAACCAAGACCGAAUAGUCUACAGUUAUUGUUGUGUCCGUCCAGUUCUGGACAUUACACCAGCAACACCUGGAGAUAUACCAGAGUGCGAUCAAAGAGCCAUGAGCCGGAGGGCGGGGGGCGGUGCGCGGAGGGCCCGCUAGCGCGCGCCAUGCAGCCCACGCCGCAGGGCGGCUCGCCCAAGCGGCACCCGCAGGCUCCUGCGCAUGGCUCAUCAAGCGGAGACCAGUCGACCCUCAAGGUCCACCUACCGAAUGGCGGCUUCAACGUGGUGCGGGCAUCAGCAGACGAGGACGUGAGGUCCGUGCUGCGACUGCUAGCGUCACGACUGGCCGCCGGUGACAGAGUGUUCGCGUCCUGCUACGCUUUGAGGGCUAGAAAACUCAACUCUGGAAAGAUCCGAUGGGUCCACCAGGACACACCAGUGUCGGAGCUCCUCACAAAAUGGCCGGCGAGCGAGUGGCGGUUGGAAUUGCGCGUGCGCUACCUGCCUGCCAAUUUGCGAGAGCUCUGCGACUCGGACCGCGUUACUUUCCACUAUUAUUACGAUCAGGUGCGCCACGACUACCUCAACGCUAAUCAUCCUAUGGUUGACCAGGAUUUGGCGAUACAAAUAUGUUGUUUAGAAAUUAAAUACUUUUGUAAGGACAUGCAAAUAUCAUUGGACAAAAAAUCCAACAUCGAGUACCUGGAGAAGGAGUUUGGACUUCAUAAAUUUCUGCCCAAAUCAGUCCUGGAAGCGAUCAAGCCAAAGGUCCUGAAGAAAGCAAUACAGCAACAGUUCAAAAAGGUGGCGAAUCUAAGCGACACGGAGUGCAUGCUGAAGUAUCUGGAUACGAUGCACACGCACUACGGCUACGAUAGGGAAACGUUUACGGGUGCUCUCGGCACCGAGUGGGCCAUACCCGUCGAACUGGCCAUUGGGCCUGGUAUAGAUAUAUCGUACAUUUCUCACAAAGCAGGCGAGCCUCCAAUUUACUCUAAGAUCGCUUCGUUCAGCGAUAUAGUUGCUGUGCAAACGCUCAAAUCCAAUUGCACACAACAAUCGCAGACUCAGAGUGGGUCCUGUGGAAAAGCAGCGCUACAGUUGAGGGUGAAAGGAGCCACAGAGACGUUGACAAUAACGUGCAGUAAUGUUGAGGCCGCAGAAAGCUUAGCAGAUCUAGUGGAUGGUUACUGCAGACUCGUCACAGAUUCGCAAACGUCGCUUUGGAACAGAACAACUGAGAUGAGUAGCAGUUCAUCAGAGGGCAAGACUAGUUCUUGGGAGGCGAACACGGCGACGCUUCUCUCUGAAGAUUAUGCAGAAAUUGUUGAUGACGACGCGGAUUACUCCACGCCGGCAGUACGAGAUUACGAAUUAGUUCGAAAUCAAAUCGAAUUAACUGGUAUCAUUGGUGAAGGACAAUUCGGUGAUGUACAUAAAGGUACAUGUAAAGUCACGUCAGCGAAUCACCCAUCGUUACGGCGACAGCUGGCAUUACAGAAGCAGCAUGGCCGCACCGCCGGUGGCGAAUACGUGUUACCCGUCGCCGUCAAAACGUGCAAGAUGGACGCCGACCUCGACACCGCAGAGAAGUUUCUGGAAGAGGCCUAUAUAAUGCAGCAGUUCAGCCACCCGCACAUAAUCGGCCUGGUGGGCGUGUGCAGCUCGCCGCCCAUCUGGAUUGUGAUGGAGCUGGCCACGCUCGGAGAGAUGCGCGCUUACCUGCAACAGAACGCCAGGAGGUUGGAGAUCUGCACGCUGGUUCAAUACAUCUACCAGCUGUCGACAGCGCUCAGUUACCUGGAAAGCAAGAAGUUCGUACAUCGAGACAUCGCCGCUCGCAACGUACUCGUCUCUACACCCACCUGUGUUAAGUUAGCUGACUUCGGCCUAUCAAAGAUGGUAGAUGACAAGUCGUACUACAAGGCAUCCCGCGGUAAACUGCCAAUCAAGUGGAUGGCGCCAGAAUCGAUCAACUUCAGGCGGUUCACAUCUGCUUCCGAUGUCUGGAUGUUUGGCGUGUGCAUGUGGGAGAUCCUGAUGCUGGGCGUGAAGCCGUUCAUCGGCGUGAAGAACAACGACGUGAUCGGGAAGCUGGAGAACGGCGAGCGACUGGCGCUGCCCGCCGGCUGCCCGCCGCGGCUCUACUCCGUGAUGUCGCGCUGCUGGGCCUACGAGCCCUCGCACAGGCCCGCCGCCCACCUCCUCAAGGAGACGCUCUUUGAAAUUCUACAAGAGGAGCGCAACAGUGCGUGGGACACGAUGCGGCGCGAGAAUCGUCGUGUGGCGGCAGCGUCCUGGGGCGACGAGCCGCCGCCCAAGCCCAGCCGACCGCACGCCAACCACAACCUCGCAGCGGUGGACUCUACGUCGGUGCAGUCGGUGGGCGCGGCCCCACAAACUUACAUCGUAGCACAAAACCCCCUGGUGCUGGCGCAUCUCCUCCGCGAGAACCAGUCGCGAGCCAUCGACCCGCAAGCGUACACCACACCCGCAUCGGUAUUCAACACCGUCGCCGUUGACUUCGCUGAAACUCUACCGGAGGACGACCCCAACAUCGUUGACAAAAUCAUCAACCCUAAACCUGACGAGAAACUUGACAUACCCCUCCAAACGGUUCCCAUCCCGGUCGCGAGUUUACACAAACUAGACCCAGUAGUCCCCGAACAAACUGACGACACUUUAACCGUCGUUGUAGGCGCGAGUUGCGAUAAUCUCUGUCAAAACACGCAGACCAUGUCCCCCAGAACGGACGUUUCGUCUCAAAGUCAGAGCGAGACGGACGUAUCGACGGAACCGUACGCGAAUAGGGUUCGGUCUCUCGAAAGGAACACGAGGGGAGUCAGUCUUUCCACAGCUGAGAGAGCGCCAGUUAGGAUGGGGUCGCUGGAACGUAAUGCCAGAGGUAGCCUGUCUCACAGAGGGUCCCCUGUUCCUAUAGCGCCGUUCACGAGGCAGCAUUCGGUUCCGGCUUCACCACCACCGAGAAGCAGGAGGGAACAGGAUGUAGGACAAUUCUCGGUCCAAGGCGCCCUCAAUGCACAGUUGGCCGCUAGCGUCGUCAACAAAAUGAGACACCAACCUGACCCUCCUCUCGUCGAGGAAAUAUACGACUUCGGCGGUGAGAACGUCAAAAGUUGCGCCGCCAUAGCCGCUCAGAAAGCAAUGUCGAAGUCUUCGUACAGACCCUCGGUGUCAGGCAUGUCAGUCUCCCAUCCCACGUCGUACGGAGUUCCCGUAGGUAUCGUUCAAGGCAUACCAUACCAAAGUCCGGUCAAGCCGAACGUUAAAAUGUCUAGUCAGUUCGUGAGAUCGUCUAGUCCCGUGUACCCCGCUAAUCAAUUUGCGGCGCAACCUAUGGGGGUUGUACCCCCGAUGUCGUAUAUACCUCAGCAAAUAUUCAGUAGCCACGUACAAGGCGGGCAACCUCUAGCAUACCGGCCACAAGCGGCCGCCCAAGCUGCGAGCCAAUCCGCGGUACCGUCGGAGGUACUACCUCCGCCCUCACUACCGUUGGAGUCUCUGCCGCAAGAUUCGAUGCCGCAAUACGCCUCGCGGCAAGACUGCGCGGUAGCAGCGACGAAUGUAGUACCCAUUCAGAGUCCAGAAUUCGAUACGGAACAAGCAGUGGAGCGACGGCUACUCGCGGAAUUAGCGAGACAACACCAUCAGAGUGAAGAGGACAGAAGAUGGCUGCAGAUGCAGGAAGACAACUUGCAGAAACGUCUCUCAAAUAUGCAGAUGUCAACCGAGUCCGAGCCGAGCGGAGCGGAACGAACUGAGCGGACGCAAGAGGAGCGCCCGAUUGCACACACACAGUCAGGUGCAAAUUCAACAGAAACUAGUCCAGCAAAUACAGUCAAGACAAAAGAACAAGCACCCAGUGAGGAUAAGGCGCCAAAAGUGCAUGCAUCUCGAUCGUCGACCAAGGACCCGGUGUACGCGGCGACCACGGCGGUGGUGCGGUGUGUCAUGCGGCUCGCCAACGUGGCGCAGGGCGCGGGGGGCGCGGCGGGGGCGGCGGGGGCGGCGGGGGGCGCGGCGGCGGCGGCGGCGGGCGGCGAGGGCGCGGGCCCGGCGGCUGGGGAGGUGCUGUCGUCGGUGCGGGCGGUGGGCGCGCAGCUACGCUCGCUGUGCGCCACGGUCGACUUGGUGGUCGUGCCGUUCCCGCACACUGCUCAAAGGGAGGUUGAGAUGGCUCACCAGGUGCUGAGCAAAGAUAUGGCAGCGCUAGUAGAGGCCAUGCGACUGGCUAUACAAUACGCGAAUACCACGCUACAUCAAGAAUACACUAAGAGAAUGCUCGCCGCGGCCCAUGUGCUGGCAAUGGACGCAAAGAAUCUUCUCGAUGUUGUAGACUGCAUUCGCGAGAGACACCCCACCAUCGACUGGCGGGCCGCUCUCGAGCCCGACCCCGUCGUACCCACCAGUCCGUCCCCCCAAACCACAAGUCCGGCCCCCCAAAACCAAACCUUAACCUCCCAGAAUCAAGUCUUCGCCGCCCAAAACCAAUCAUUCACACCCGAAAACCCAAUACUAAGCAACCAGUCGUCUGUACAAGAAGAUGAACCUCCACCACCAAAACCAGCCUUUAAAAUCAACCAGCCGGUCACAACUGGACAAUUAAAUGUUACCGAACAUCUACCGAAGGAACACAGCAGUCUGCCGGUAACAUCCAACAGAGUGUCAGCUUUAAUACACAAUUACAACCUUUACGGGAACAUCAGGGAGCCACAACAUAUAUAUGGCAACACUGAAGGCGGUGGUUCCUUCCAGCAUUCCUCGUCAAGCAUCAGCGACGAUGGUAAAAUCGAUAGCGCGCCGAUGGAAUCCGUCAAGAGCCGCGUUCAAGCGAUAUCGGGGAAAAUGGACUCGCCUCCUAUAUACUCGGUCAGCAAAAAAAUUAUUUCCAUCGACCAAAUCGGUCAGAGCGAUCAGGGAUGAACGCUGUCAGCUUACCGAUUUAGUUUGCUUGUAGUGGCAGUUUUGUUUCCGCGGACGGUACUCAGCUUUACUAAAUAAGGCUAUGAAAUUGUAGAUCAACUAGGUACUUACCGGAAUAUGCUCAUUGACGACAGCAUUUAUUGAUACUUAAUUUUUUUUUACGCGCUUUAGAACUGAACGUAGUGCGAUGCAAGCUUCUUCUAAAAGACAUCUAAAUGCUCAAUAUUCUUCGUAGCGAAUAUACAUGACUUUAAUCUUGAGCCGAAUCUCCGUUUCAUUCAUCAAUCCAUGAAACAUAGAUUUUAAUUUAUUGUAUUAGGAUUUAAUUUCAAUUGACAUGAAAGUUAGUGAUCUUGACAUUCAAGUAGGUAUCAGAAUAGAAUCGCUUGGCUUAUUAUUACUAAGUGUAAAAUGUUGCCAAAUCAAAUAAUUUGUAAUCCUCCUUAUAUUAGUAUUCCCGGGUCAAGGUCAACGAACUUUCUUAGUAAAAAUUCACUCGACGAACUUAUGUUGUAUGUCGUUUAGUGGAUAAUAUCUAUUAACAUAUCAUCUGCAUUGUUGUGCUUCAAAUAAAUAUUGUCGUGUUGCAUAUAACAAUAUAGAUAUAUUAUUCAGCAUAUUUACAUUCACCUAUCAUGUGUUCUCAUACGAUAUCAUACAAGUAUCAUUAUUCUCUUAAAAUACUUUCAUCGAAUAAUCAUUACAGAUUAUUUAUUUACCAACUUCAAAAUUGUCAUUACUCCAAACUUAUCGUGAAUCUGUUGAUUUGUGAUAUUAUUGCCAAUAAAUGACCUAAUUCGUGUAACUUUAAUUAUAAACCAGCUUGCAGUACAUGCCGAUAUAAGCACAUUCCUUAAAUUGCACCAUGUAAAUUGUAAUUUAUUUUCAUAUACAAAUUUUAUAUUUUUCGGUGUAAUACAGUUUUUAUACUGAACGAGUACUGGUAUUUAUAAGUAACAUAAUGAAUUCUUCCAUACAACAAUAAUGGUCUAAUUAAUUGAAAUUAAUCAUAAAGUAUUAUUUUGUAAUCUAAAUGUAUUAUUAUAAUGUGUAUAAUUGGUUUAGUUAGGGUGCGUCGCAGUCACAACUCUAUAUAGCAUUUACAUUGUCACUGGAUAGAAAUGGUUUUCUUUGUAAAAAUGUACAAAACAUGAAUUGUCCAUAAUUAUUAUAAUUUUUAUCCAAAGUUUUUAUUGUAAGCUUAGAUCUCAGCGAACCGUAGUGUUUAUAGUACAUUAAAAUUAUAAGUUGUAUCAAAGCAGAAUUUAUUUAUUGACGAAUCCUGAUUUGUUUGUAAAGUUGAUUUACUUAUAUUAGUAUUAGCAGGAUGUCAUUCCAAAGUAUAUGAUAUUGUAAGCAUUAACAUGUAGUCAGUCAGAACAUUAUAUUGGAACAGAGCGCGAAGUUUGUCUAUGACUAUCGUGGGGAGGACCGGAUUUUGUUUAUGCAUUAAACUGAAUAAAGUUCAAUAAAGGACAGGUCAAAACUGUUGUUUUAU